AGAAAUUUAGUUACAAAAUUUGAGGAUCCAUAUAGCUGUCCAUUAUAUAUUACAGGAUCAAAUGAUAGUAGAGCAUAUUGGACUAUUUUACAUAAUAACUCAAUUAUUGGUCAUAUUCCAUUACACAGAUCAGAUUCUUUUCACUCUUUACAAUCAUAUCCAGUUUUAUAUUUAGAGAAUGAUAUUCAAAUUGUAAUUGGUACAGAUUUAGAUAGAAAUCAAAUAUUCCCAUCAUAUCCAAAUGUAGAUACAUUGUAUAACUCAACAUUACGUAAUAUAGAUACAGUUUUUUCACAAAAUAAGUGGUCUGCAACUGUUAUACCAGUAAUUAAACAAAACGAGGAUGAUCCACAACAAAGCGAAUCACAACAAACAUCACCAGCACCAUCACCAAAUUCUUCAGGUUCAAAUAUUCCAACAACAUUAUCACCAUCAACAAGCUCCAAUAGUGUUAGCAAUGUGGCCGCUCCAUCAUCUUCAAAAAAGAAAUUCGAUUUAUAUGCAAAGCAGUUAUUAUCAAAGAAUCAAUUUGAUUUGGAGAAGCUUUCAAGAUGGUUUAUAAAAAAAUUUAAUUCCAGUUCACCCUUAACAUUUGCAUAUGGUGUUUCCAUGUACAGAAAAUCAAAUACUAAAACAAUGGAUCUUUUAACCUUAAAAACUCUUCAAACUGGCAAAACAUAUAUUGUAAAUUUAUUACACACUUUCAGAUUAACACCAAGCUUAGAUUACUUUAAAGACCCUUAUAUUCAAAAAUCUUUUGAACUUUCAAAUUUACCACAGUAUACCCAAAAAUUUUCAGAAUUGGAAAAAGAUUGCCAGAUUAUCAAAACUUUAUUCCCAACAUCAUCAAUUUCAAUCUAUAAUCCAUUCUUUGAUAAAUAUGUUAAAAAAACAUUUAAAUUUUAUUCACCACUCACUUUAGAAUCAUCAUUUAUAAUAUCACAUCCAAAUUUAUCAAAUGGCUUAUCUACUGCAACUUCAUCAUCCUCCUCAAAAGAAAAAGAACAACCACACACAACCAUCGUAGAUCCAGUGUCUUUAUCAUCAUCAUCCAUCCCAUCACCAUCAUCAAGUAAUACCUCAUCAACAUCAACAUUACCUUUUGUUUCAAUUUCAAAUACAGAGUCUUCAAAUAAUGAAAAUAUUUUAGAUAAACUCAAAAAAUUGGAUAAAAAAAUUAAAAUUGAAAGACAACAACAAUCUGAAGAUUAUUCAAUCGAUAUUGAUAAAUUAGCAUCAAUUGUUGCAAAGGUUAUGAAGGAAAAUAAUUAUAUAUAA